UAUUUGUUGUAGCCUAGGGAUCAGCUGCAGUUUUGCCUAUAUUAUCAGCUAGUAUAAGUGUUAUUUUUAUGUUCAUUCACGACGGAAUAGAGUUAAAAUUUUUAUAAAGUAUAGAUGUAUUAAAAUCGCAUCCCAAUUAUGUUAAAUUACUGCAAACAGGAACAACAAAUAUAGAAAAUACUAACAUUUGAGACAUCAACAACAAAAGGAGAAAGAAAGGAAGACUUAAUUUUUCUAAUAUUUGGAACAAAUUAUACUGAACUGUAAGAUUCACUUCGAAAACAAAAUAAAAGAAAAAUCACAGGAAACGCCACAACAACAUUUUCGUUGCACACACUUGAGCAAGUGGCGAGUAAACAAAGCAAACAUUAAAAACUUCAUAGCAAACUUUUUUGAUUUCGCAUAGAAUAACGAAACAAUAAAGUUUCGAAAACUGUUACAGACAUAUUAAAAUAACACUGACAUAUGUACAUAAAUAAAUUGAUAAGACCAGCAAGCUGAAAUUCAGCCUUCAAGCAUAUCAAUCCAACAAGCGCUGUAUACUGUACAUAAUUUGACUUGAGCAAAAGGAAUCAUUAAAGUGACCUAGUCUAGCCUCUACGUGUUGAAACAAUAAUCAUAGAUAAACAGAAAAGUACACUUACACCAGAAAAAAGAAGAAACGAAAAACCUAUUCACUAGUUUGACUGGGCAAAUGUAUAUCACUAACAGCAGCAACAUUGGUAUGGCCACGUUGCUGCAACAGAACAAGGCUACUUGUAUGAAGACCCUUAUCAAUGGCGGCGGCAACGGCAGCAGCAAUGGCAAUAACGGAAACAGCGUCGGCAACUCUGGAAUAGUUGUUGGUAGUAUUGUAAGUGGUGUUGGUGCGGGAACAUCACAAGUGGGAGGCGCAACGGUUGCAACCGUUGUCGGAGCCGGUGGGGCUGCAAAUAUUGCCGGUCUUGGCAGUGGUGGUGUGGGUGGUAAUUUAGUCCUGUCCACUGGGCAGGCUAUUGUUCUGACAAAUGGAGCAACCGGUGCUAGUAGUAUAAUCAACUAUCAACAAUAUCAACAGUUAUUGCAGCAACAACAACACCAGCAACAGCAGCAACAACAUAUAAACUCCACCGUUGCUACCACAACUGCCGCAUCCGGUACACGAGUAUUAAUGCCUCACGAAAUGGUGACGCUUCCUAUUAGUAGUAUUGUAACAACUAGUGGUGGCGGCUUAGCCCUGAUAACCAGUGCAAAUACGGGUGGAGGAAGUGCCACGGCCACACAAGGGCACUUCUUGGUUGCGGCAACAGCAAGUCCUACGGUGCAACCCAUUCAAACAACUACGAUGGGCUCCACUAACGCCAAUAUCAGCAGUUUUCAGCAGCAAUUUCAACAGCAAAUCGCCGCACAGCAUUCAGCAGCAAGUAAUGGGACAUCCUCUGCUUCAACUAACCGUACAACUACUGUUUACACUCAGCAACCAUCAACUACAGGCGUAGUACAAACAGUGCCUACGACACGUUACUUUUCGCAAUUUAGCAAUCAACAACAACCCAUAUCUAGUAUUACGGCUGGAGCUGCAACGCCAACAAUUGUGGCCGCCAAAGCUACGGGCAAUCGUACCAUAAUUAUUAAUCGCUCCAAUAAUACUAUAAUUGCUGGUAACACCACACAACGUUUGCAACAUGCUAAAAUCUUAAAUAAACCACCGACAAAUAUUGCAGCGACGCCAUCAACUCUCAUCACGAAUGCUGUGCUCGCCAAUAAGUCACAAAUUAAUCAUAAUUCUCUUUCUCCUGCCAUUCAAGCUGUGAAGUUGCAACAACAACCGCAACGACAAAAUAUUACGGCCUUACAACAAAUUAAACAACAACAAUUGCUGCAACAACAAAAAAUACAACUAGUGAAGCCAAUCGUACACAGUAGCAGUUCGGUGACAACAAUUGCUACAAAGACAACAACAGUGGCCAAUACGGCUGCAUCCUCGCGCAACACACCGAGUGGGACAAUGGUGAAUGGUGGCAUAAAUUUAGUUCCUAACAGCAGCAACAAUAGUAAUAAGAGUGGAAAUGUGGCGAGUGCCACAACGCCAGCAUUGGCUGCCAAAGCGUUACCCACGGCGGCUGUAUUUCCACAGCAACAACAACUUCAGCAGCAACAACAGUUGCAGUUACAAAAUCAUCAACAACAACAACAGCAGCAGCAGCAGCAGCAACUUAAGCAUCAAAACCAAAGUCAACAACUUCAAUCUCAGCAACUUGGACAAGCGCAAGAGCAUAAACAAAUAGUUGCACACUCACGCACCAUACCCGCCACACCUCACAACUCCACACCUGUUGCAACUAACAAAAGUGUCAAUUCAGUUGCUGCAGCCACUCCAGAAGGCACUGCUGGAGCAGAAGCCGCAAAUGCUGAACCCGAGGUAGAGCCAGAGAUCGACAUCGUUAUAAAUAAUGUUGUCUGUUCAUUCAGUGUACGUUGCCAUCUAAAUUUGCGCGAUAUCGCACUCAAGGGCUUCAAUGUGGAGUAUCGUCGUGAAAACGGCAUGGUGACUAUGAAACUGCGCCGACCUUAUACGACUGCGUCAAUAUGGUCAUCUGGGCGAAUUACCUGCACGGGUGCCACAUCCGAGGAACAGGCAAAAAUUGCGGCACGUCGUUAUUCACGCUGUCUUGAAAAGCUCGGAUUCCGUGUGCGUUUUCAAAAUUUCCGCGUGGUAAAUGUGCUCGGCACAUGCAGCAUGCCAUGGGCUAUAAAGAUUUUAAAUUUCUCUGAAAGAUACAAGAAAGAAGCCAGUUACGAGCCUGAGUUGCAUCCCGGUGUCACGUAUAAGCUGCGUUAUCCCAAAGCCACUUUGAAAAUAUUCUCCACCGGCAGUAUAACUGUGACUGCUGCCAGUGUUGCUAAUGUACAGGCUGCCAUAGAACAUAUAUUCCCGCUGGUCUAUGAGUUUCGUAAGAAACGUUCACCCGAAGAGCUGGAACAGUUACGCAUUAAGCAGGCCCGGGCCGCAUCAGUAGAUGUAACGGAACUCGAGGAGGUGCUAAACAAUGACGUGGUCGUUGAAACGGACACAACCGCUGUGCCCACAUUGCAACGCCGACGUGUAAGCAAUAGCGCGCUCAAUAAUUUUAAACAAAAACGCCGAAGAAUCGGCAGUGAUAUUGACUUUGAUGGUGACGAUGGUUCGCUGGUAGCAGCUGAAGAAAUCGACGAUCCCACAGCAAAGGAAACCGAUGAUAAUAUUGUGAUGUACGAUCCGGAUGAUUUAAUUGAAGGACCCGACGAUGAAGAUGAUCUUUAAAUAUCAAAUGUGAUUUGUGCAUUUUGGUACGGGGAGAUUUUGAGCACAGCACAUUCAUGCAUGUUUGAUUACGUAUUAUGGUUUCACAACAAAUUUCUAUACAAAUACAGAUAUAUAUAUAAAACAAAAAGAACAAAAAAGGAGUUUAUUACAAAUUGCCAAUAUGUAAUGCAGAGCGAAUUUUAAGCAUUAAACAAAACAGCAAUGUUAUAUAGAACAUAUGUAUAUAGUAUAUAAAAAAGGAAUGACAGGAAAGCAAUUUAAUUGAUUUAAUGAUGACAACACACACAAACUACAAAAAGAAAUACAAAAGUAAAUAUUUCAACACAUCGGAAACCAAAACAAAUCAACUUAGUUCUAAUCAAACAAAUGAAGUUUGGCGUUAGACAAAAAAUAAAAGCAUAAUUUCUUUAUUUUUUGUGCACGCAAAACUAUUUACAUAUACACGUACAUGUAUGUGUGCGUAUAUUUUAAGAAGCGUGUAUAAUCAAUGCCAACACCAUCAUGUAUACAUGGAUAUUUGUAAAUUUGUGCACUCCAAAUGUCGGUGCUGAGGUUUCGAGUUCAAUACGCUAAUGUCAGCAAUUAUGCAAUGCAAAUGUUGGGAGAAGUGUGCGAACUGCGAUAAACUAUGGGAAUUGUGAGCCAAAUAACUACAACUAUUUAUAAGGUAUUUUUAACUUCCAGUGUGCUUUGCUUAGUUAUGUACGUCGUCGUUGUUUGCAGCAUUGAUAACUUGCAACAGUUGAAGGCAGAAGGCAGAGAACGGAGCAACAUUUAAAUUAAAUGCUUGGCUCGAGCGAAUUCCGCGAACAAAACUAAACCACACGAAAAACCAAUAUUUGUUAAUUUACAAACAUAUUUGUAGCGUUUUACUAUGUAUGCAUACUAAUUUCAUUCGUACUCGUACGCCAACUUACGCUUGGCCGAAAAUUUAGUUUUAAGAUUUCGCUGAUUAGCUAAGAUUAGUUUAAAGAAAAAACAUUGUAAGGACUAUUAGCACUAUUACAUACAUACUACAUAUGUGGAUGUGCGUUCAUAAGUGAAAGAAAGAAAAAACCACCGCAAAAGCAUAAACAAUUAAACAAUUUAUUUAAACACACGCUGAAGAAUGUCAAAUGCUAGCAUAAUUUAUUAAAAACACUUUAUUAACUAAUGAUUUAGCAUGAGCUCAUGCGUGCAUUGCGUUUUUACUUGUUCAUUUAUGCAUUGAGUAGAAAUUUAUUGAUUUAUUUAAUGAAUGAAUAAUGUAAAAUAACAAGCAUUUUAUUUAUUAGAAUCGAUUUGAGUUGCUCUUAAUUAUAUUAAUUAAUUCAAUUAUUUUGAGGCAUCAAUUAAACUGACAGAAUGCUUGGAGGUAAAGUUUUUAUUUAUAUAUACAUAUAUUUGUAAAUAUAUAUAUAUAUAUAUGUAUAUAAUGAUGUAUAACAGCAUAUGUAUUUAAUUUAAUCAUAUCAUUUAUAUACCAACCAUUAUUACUUUCAUAUAGAAUGGCAAUCAAAGACAGUGAAUACUGUUAUGCUAACAGCCAAUAGCCGUCAGGCAUAACUAACAAUAACAAAAACAUAACUAUUUAAAUAAGACACGUAAUUUAUAUAAAAAAUCAAAAUGCAAUCAUAUUGUUUGCGUAAGAACGUAAUUAAUUAAUUAAGUGUUCUUCUAGAUGGUACACUAAUUUAUAUAUAUAUAAAUAUAUAUUCAAAGAAAAAAAACGAGUAUAUCUUCACUUAUCUGGUCACACUCAAACCAAUUACCUACAAACAAACAAACAAACUAUAAUAGACAAACUAAAAGCAUAUAUUGUAUUUGUUAUAUUUAUACUAAGCACACACACACACACAUAAUCACUAAACAAAUUAAACUUUAGUUAAGUAAGUAAAUUAAUUUUCAACAUAAUUAUGCAACUUUGAAAAAUCUGCAAAUGAAACGCAAACGGUUAGUACUUGAUGCUAGUAAGCUGAUGACAUUGCUGCCUGUCAAGUAAGCAAACUUAAUUAAAUACAUUAAUUAAUGCGAAGAA